GAUGACAUGACAGUUGCACAAUCACUUUGCGAAAGCGAUGUUUUGAUUGAACUUUGAUUUGUAAAUUAUGUGCCUAAUUAACUUGUCCAUUACAGUGUUAGUGACAAGCCACUUAGAUACUCCCAACCCAAUUUGUUUAUACAAUAAUUUGAAUAAUUGGGUGUAAUUCAUGACAUAACCUUAAAGCUAGAAACAUCAACAUCCUGUUAUAAUUUUAUUUAAGUUACAUACAAUAAUUGGUGUCGGAAGCUAUUGAAAAUGGAAAACGAAGCGAAAACCGUUAUACGUGUCGGUUCAAGAAAAAGCGAGCUGGCACUUAUACAAACAAACUUUGUAAUAGACAGCUUGAAGAAAUUACAUCCCGAGAAAGAGUUUACUAUUGUAACCAUGACAACGCUAGGAGACCGUAUAUUAGACGUGUCCCUGCCGAAGAUCGGAGAGAAGUCCCUCUUCACCAAAGACCUGGAGGAUGCCCUGAGGAAUGACACGGUGGACUUUGUGGUGCACUCGUUGAAGGAUCUGCCCACAUCUCUGCCGGAGGGGUUGGCUAUUGGAGCGGUGUUUGAAAGGGAAGAUCCUAGAGAUGCUUUAGUUCUCAGGGAAGACCUGAAAGAGCACUCGUUGGAGACCCUGCCAGAAGGUUCCGUCAUUGGCACGUCAUCUCUCCGCCGCACGGCGCAGCUCCGCGGGAAACACCCACAAUUGUGCGUCCGCGACGUCCGCGGGAACCUUAACACUCGUCUACGGAAACUGGACGAAAACGGCGAAUACUCGGCGCUAUUGCUGGCCGCCGCUGGACUGCAACGGAUGGGGUGGAGUAACCGAAUAUCUAAGAUCCUACCGUGCGCAGAAAUGAAAUACGCGGUAGGGCAGGGCGCGUUAGCAGUGGAGUGUCGCGCCGACAACGACGCCAUUUUGUCGUUGCUGGCGCCCUUCAACCACGCUGAGACAUACUGCAGGAUUCUGGCGGAGAGAAGCUUUCUCAAGACACUCGGUGGAGGCUGCAGCGCGCCCGUCGGCGUAUCCACAAGACUGAAGCCAUUCGACACACAAUUCAAGCUAAGCAUAUCCGGAGCAGUGUGGAGCCUCGACGGCGCAACCACCAUAGAAAAUUCCCUCGAACAAACCUUCCCACAGAUAAGAAAAACGGUCAAGCACAAACUCAGCCCGGACGAAUCCGAAAAAACCGGUAAAAAACUCAAAACGGAUGUCAGUGACAACCCUAGUCAUCCUGAAGAAAACAGAAGAAUAACGGAAAUGGCGGGAAAUUUGAAUUGCGAAGACACUAGAAGUUUAGAGGAGAUACUGGCUUUAAAAACGCCUAAGAUUUUUUGCGGUUUAAUAGAAAACUCAAACAUGCCUAUAGAUGUUAUAGAGAAAUGUGAUGAUUUGGGUAAGGAUUUGGCUGAAUCUCUUAUUGCUAAAGGCGCGUUAGAAGUUAUGAAGGUGACGCAGGAUCUUAUUAGAAGCUCUACUGUUGUGAAGUCCUGAUUUUUGUUUUUUUUUUUUAAGUGGUCUAUUUAGUAUAG